GAGGGGGAGCUAAAUGUACCGGCGCGGCGUUCUUUCGCCCGAGAUGCGCGCGUCGCCGGAGAGCAAGCGGCACCAAUUCUGGGAGACGCAGCCCGUAGGUCAGUACAGGGACAAGGAGAAUGCCGAUCUGCCCGACGGAUCGAUCGAGCCGGCGACGCCGCCGUCCGAGGUGAAGCAGGAGCCCUACAAUCUCCCCAGCAGCUACGAGUGGUGCACCUGCGACGUCAACUCGGAGGACGCCAUGGCGGAAAUCUACGCGCUGCUCACCAACAACUACGUCGAGGACGAUGACAACAUGUUUCGCUUCGACUACUCGGUGGAUUUCCUGCGCUGGGCGCUCCGCCCGCCGGGCUACUUCCCCAACUGGCACAUCGGCGUCCGAGCAAAGACCUCCAAGAAGCUCGUCGCCUUCAUCACCGGCGUCCCGGCCCGGAUCCGCGUCAAGGAGUCGGUGAUCAACAUGGCCGAGAUCAACUUCCUGUGCGUGCACAAGAAGCUGCGAUCCAAGCGCCUCGCGCCGGUGCUCAUCAAGGAGGUGACGCGGAGAGUUCAUCUGGAGAACCUGUGGCACGCUGCCUAUACCGCGGGCGUCGUGCUGCCGACCCCGGUGGCGACUUGCCAGUACUGGCACCGCUCGCUCAACCCGAAGAAGCUCAUCGACGUGGGGUUCUCGCGGCUGGGCGCCAGGAACACCAUGAGCCGGACCAUCCGGCUGUACCGCCUGCCAAGGGAGACGGUGACGCCGGGGUUCCGGGCCAUGGAGCGGCGCGACGUCGCCAAGGUGACGGCGCUGCUGCGCGGCUACCUGGCGCAGUUCUCGGUGGCGCCGGUCUUCACCGAGGCCGACGUCGAGUACUGGCUGCUCCCCCUGGAGAACGUCGUCAACAGCUACGUCGUGGAGAACCCCGAGAGCCGCGAGGUGACCGACUUCGCGAGCUUCUACACGCUGCCGUCGACCGUGAUCGGGAACGAGCAGUACUCGGUGCUCAAGGCGGCCUACUCGUACUACAACGUCUCCGGCGCGACGCCGAUCGCGCAGCUGAUGAACGACGUCUUGAUCAUGGCCAAGCGCUGCGACUACGAUGUUUUCAACGCGCUCGACAUCAUGCACAACGAGGAUUUCCUCAAGGAGCUCAAGUUUGGCCCCGGCGAUGGCCACUUACACUACUACCUCUACAACUACAGGAUGAAGGAGGCGCUCAAGCCAGCGGAAUUGGGACUGGUUUUACUUUGAUCACCAAAGCUUCGAUCGAUCGUUCGUCCCUCUUUUUUUUUUUCUUUUUUUUCUCUCUCUCUCGAUCUCUUUUGUUUUUUUUUUGUUUUUUAUGUUCUUGCCGCGAUCUCGAAGCGCUCGCUAGCUGUGCUUUCCAUUGUUUUUUCUCUUCGCUGGGUUUUAUCCCACGUCCACGUCACUGCCAACGUGGCGCGGUGAUACUUCUGCGUUACCCUUC